AGAUCAGCAGAUGGAUCAAGCCCAGAAGAUGGAGAUGAGUCUGACCGGGAGGAUGGGAGCUACUGCCCCCCUGUGAAACGGGAGAGGACCUCGUCCCUCACUCAGUUCCCUCCUUCCCAGUCAGAGGAGAAGAGCAGUGGGUUCCGGCUGAAGCCACCGAUCCUCAUCCAUGGACAGGCACCUAGUGCAGGUGUGCCCAGCCAGAAACCCAAGGAGCAGCAGCGCAGUGUGCUCCGACCCGCAGUGCUCCAGCCCCCUCAGCCCAAAGCCUUCUCCCAGAUGGUUCUCAGCAGUGGCACCAAUGGGGUAAAUAUCCCACCAGAGUCUGCAGCCACAUCAGAGUCACCAAGUGAUGCAGCACUGAAAAGUUCUGACUCUGAAGACAAGGCAGGAGAGUGUCAGAAAAAGGAGCCCAGCAACACUUCAGAUGAUGACAGCUCUGAGAAGGCAGAGCUGAAUGCACAACAAGCAUUUGUAUUUGGGCAAAACCUAAGGGACAGAGUUAAGCUGGGAGAUGAAAGUGAUGAAGGUGCUGAUGUGCAGAAUGUUGGCAUUCCAACAUCAGAUGUACCUUCUGCAACUAACUACUUCCUACAGUACAUCAGCUCCAGUGCAGAGAACUCUACAAACAGUGCAGACACAUCCAGCAACAAGUUUGUGUUUGGCCAGAACAUGAGUGAGCGAGUCCUAAGUCCACCCAAAUCAAAUGAAGGGAGUACAGAGAGCAACAAGGAGAAUGCUGCUACAGAGUCUGGCUCUGAAUCAUCUUCUCAGGAAGCCACACCAGAGAAAGCUAAUAAUAUUUCAGAGUCCCUGGCAGAGUCUGCAGCAGCCUACACUAAAGCCACAGCAAGGAAGUGUUUGUUGGCCAAGGUGGAAGUGAUCACUGGGGAGGAAGCUGAGAGCAAUGUGUUACAGAUUCAGUGCAAGCUGUUUGUGUUUGAUAAAAGCUCUCAGUCCUGGGUGGAGAGGGGUCGAGGGCUCCUGAGACUCAACGACAUGGCCUCAACAGAGGACGGAACGCUACAGUCCCGGCUGGUGAUGAGGACUCAGGGGAGUCUCAGGUUAAUCCUAAAUACCAAGCUCUGGGCUCAGAUGCAGAUUGACAAAGCCAGUGAGAAGAGCAUCAGAAUCACUGCCAUGGACACAGAGGACCAGGGAGUUAAAGUUUUCCUUAUAUCAGCAAGCUCUAAAGACACAGGGCAGCUGUAUGCUGCAUUGCACCAUAGGAUCUUGGCCCUGAGGAGUAGAGUGGAGCAAGAGCAGGAAGUCAAGAAUGUAGCACCUGAGCCAGAGGUAACACAGUCCAACGAGGAAGACAGUGAUGAUGAUGUCAUUGCACCUUCAGGAUCAGUUGGAAGUGGUCCCACUGAUGAAGGUGAUGGGCAGAACGUUGGCAGCACAUAGCAGAUGUGAGCCCACCUGCUUGCAAGGCUGCUCUGAACACCAUCUUGCAGGCACCUCUGGAUCCCCCAGGCCAGCAAUUAUUUCAGGCAGUGUUGAAGGCUCCAGGACUUAAGGACUGUGCAUCCCUCUUCUGUUUGUUUGGUUUUUUGGUCUGGAUCAGUAGAUUCCACACAGAAAAAGCAGACUUGGAAACUACCUGAAUGUGGUUUGGGACGUGAAAGCUCAUCAUAUUGAUGAGC